AUGGCUGACCCAGCUGGUGAGAGCGAUGUGCUACCAGCGCAAGACAAGGUCAAGUUCACGGAGGCUUUCAAUGUUUGGGACAAGCACCAGCAGGGCUACAUACCCUGGAAGCCGGACUUUGCCAACCUUUGGAGAUCGAUAGGCCAAAACCCGACUGAGGGGGAGAUUCGGCGUAUCAUUGAGGAGAACGAUACUGGAACAGGCCACUUCCAGCUGGAGACCUUCCUCAAACUUUGCGAGUCGCGCGAGGAUGCGCUGCGCAAAGAGCAGCUCAUCGAGGCCUUCAAGACCUUCGACAAAGAUGGUAAGGGCACCAUCACGCUGGCGCAGCUGCGCUAUGUGCUGAUGCAACUAGGGGACCCGCUGGAUGACGAGGAAGCGGAUCAGUUUAUCGAAUUUGCCGACAAGAACAAAGAAGGAUCCACUGCCGAGAUUGACUACGAGGACCUUGUGGAGAGGCUGGACACCCGUGACCAAAAGUUCUGA